UUAUAAAUAAAUCGAAAAAGCGAUUUAACUUAAUUCAAAAUUUGAAAACCAAACGUUCCCGAUUUUCAUCAUCUGCGUCCACCAUCGCCCCUGCAGCUGGCAGCAUCGGGGAAUGUAAAUAGCCAACGUCACACCCACUUUUCGUUCUAACGUGUCAGUCGGCAUCAAUCAUCGUCUUCUCCUUCUCUUAUAAACCCUAAUUUCUGGUGCAGUCGCACACAUCCUCGAAACCAUCUGUGUUCGAUUUUCAGGUUUCGCUACAAUGUCUCUGUUAAGUAGGUUCUUCUACAAGAGACCACCAGAUGGGUUGCUUGAGUUUGCUGAUAGAGUUUAUGUUUUCGAUUCUUGUUUUUGCACGGAAGUGUUGCCGGAUGACUUAUACCAAAUCUUCCUUCACGAAGUCAUCAAUGACUUACAUGAAGACUUUCCCGAAUCAUCUUUUCUAGCAUUCAAUUUCCGACAAGGGGAGAAAAAGAAAAGAAGCGUCUUUGCUGAAACCCUCUGUGAAUACGAUGUUACCGUCCUUGAGUAUCCAAGGCACUAUGAAGGCUGCCCUUUGCUUCCUUUAUCACUGAUCCAGCAUUUUCUCCGUGUCUGUGAGAGCUGGCUUUCUCGUGGGAGCCGUCAGGAUGUUAUUCUUCUUCACUGUGAAAGAGGAGCCUGGCCUCUUCUGGCUUUUGUCCUUGCUAGUUUCUUGAUUUUCAGGAAAGUUCACAGCGGCGAGCGAAGGUGUCUUGAGAUUGUGCUUCGUGAGGCUCCCAAGGGUCUCUUGCAGCUGCUCUCGCCCUUAAAUCCUUUCCCGUCUCAACUUCGUUAUCUUGAGUAUGUAGCGAGGAGGAACUUGAAUCCUCAGUGGCCACCUCCUGAAAGAGCGCUUUCUUUGGAUUGUGUGAUUAUUCGAGGUAUUCCAAUUUUUGACUCCCAAUAUGGAUGCAGACCUAUUAUACGUAUCUUUGGAAGAAGCUUUAGUAGCACAACUGGUCUUUCCACGGAGAUGCUCUAUUCUAUGUCCAAUAUAGAUAAACCCCUCCGGCUUUACCGACAGGCAGAAUGUGAGGUGAUCAAAAUUGACAUCCAGUGCUGGGUGCAAGGAGAUGUUGUACUGGAGUGUGUGCAUAUGGAUUUAGAACCAGAACGAGAGGUUAUGAUGUUUCGUGUGAUGUUCAAUACUGCAUUUAUCAGGUCCAACAUACUAAUUCUGAACCCUGACAACUUGGAUAUUCUUUGGGAGGCCAAGAAUCAUUAUCCAAAAGGGUUUCGAGCAGAGGUUUUGUUUGGAGAAGUUGAGAAUGCUUCGCCUCAGAAAGUUCCAACCCCAAUAGUAAAUGGUAAUGAGAUUGGUGGCUUGCCCAUAGAAGCCUUUUCUAAAGUUCAAGAACUUUUUAGUGGUGUGGAUUUGGCUGAAAAUGGAGACGAUGCUGCUUUUUGGUUGCUGAAACAACUUGCUGCCAUAAAUGAUGCAAAAGAGUUCCGGCACAAAGGGAGUUAUUAUUUUAAUUCUCCCGACUCUGAAGAGGAGACCAACACAUCUAGUGCCGCGGACAGUUCUGAUGAAGGACUUGAUGCCACUCAUAGACCUCGAGCCUCUCUAUCUUUUGAUAAUGAUGAGACAGAAGACAUUUCUACAUCGUUGGCUCCUGAAUCUUCAGAGGAACCUCAUGUAUUCCCUCGUCGUCAACAGCAAGAAGUUUCAGCGAAGCAAAGUGUCCACCCUUCGACUCUUCCACCUUCUGUCACACUUUUGCCUCCACCGCCACCGCCCCCUCCAUUUCCCGUAAACAAAGUUACAAGCAUAGGCUCGUUGUCAUCCCAACCCCCACCUCCGCCGCCACCUCUCCCUAGUUUCAGCAGUAGAGAUCCUCUGACAACAUCGCACCAGCCUUUCAACAAAACCCCACCACCUCCUCUACCUUACUGUAGCAGCAUUUCUCCACUUUCAGUUCCACCUCCACCACCAUCCCCACCCCCACCCCCACCACCUUCGUUUGGGAGCACAGGAAAUAAACUUCAGGCGCAGCCACCACCUCCUCCUCCGAUCCAUGCAUCUUUGACUAAAUGUGCACCCCCACCCCCACAGCCACCUACAUCUCAUUCUGGUCUUGCUCGUGUUGGCCCAUCUUCUGCACCCCCACCACCUCCACCUCCGCCUCCUAAGGCUAAUAUUUCAAAUGCCCACAUGCCACCUCCUCCACCACCUCCACUUCCUCCUUCAUCUGCAAAGUUGGGUGCUCCCCCUCCGCCUCCUCCACCACCACGUCCUCCUUCAUCUGCAAAGUUGGGUGCUCCCCUUCCGCCUCCUCCACCACCACUUCCUCCUUCAUCUGCAAAGUUGGGUGCGCCCCCUCCGCCUCCACCACCACCACGUCCUCCUUCAUCUGCAAAGUUGGGUGCUCCCCCUCCGCCUCCACCACCACUACUAUCCAAGACCCUUGCUUCCCCUAGGCCAGCUCUAUCCAAGACCCCUGCUCCCCCUCCUCCGCCAGCUUUGGGUCGUGGGACAAGUAGUGGCCCACCACCACUGGGAGCAAAAGGUUUAAAUGCACCUCCGCCACCUCCUGCUGCAGGAAGGGGCAGAGCUUCCUCGGGACUUGGAAGAGGCCGAGGUGUAAGUGUGCCUACUGCUGCACCUAAGAGAACCGUGCUAAAGCCUUUGCAUUGGUCUAAAGUUACUCGGCCAGCAAAAGGUAGUUUGUGGGCUGAUGAUACUCAAAAACAGGAAAACCAACCUCGUGCCCCUGAAAUAGAUAUAUCAGAGCUCGAGAGUCUUUUUUCUGCAGCUUCAGAUACGACUGCUAAGAAAAGCACAGGUCGCCGUUCGAGUAUCAGCAAACCUGAAAAAGUUCAACUGGUUGACCUUCGAAGAGCAAAUAACUGUGAAAUAAUGCUUACGAAAAUUAAGAUUCCUCUGCCAGAUAUGCUUUUGCAUCUCUUUAUAUCAUGUUUACUAUGUCUACUAACUGAGAAUUUCAUAUCUGUUUCAAUAUGA